UAAGUUUCAGUUAUGAUUUCCUGCGUAGGCUGGUGGUCUGGACGGACAUGUGAGCAGUUCCCCACUGUGCCACUGCAUCACUUCAGAAUACUGUUUGAGCUGAACCCCAAACACAAGACAAAAUGAGUGCAGAGAAAAUGACAAGAGAUGAUAAGGUAAAGAAUCUGGAGUGCCUCUUCACAUGGGACGUGGACAAAGAUGACAUCAAUGACUUGAAGGGCAUCCCAGAGAAGCUCCUGGACCGCGUCAAGUACUGUCCCCGCACGUACCACGCCACCUACUUCAACAUCCUGGCCUUUGUGAGCCACCUGCAGGGUAGGAACGACACUGCCCUUGAAUACCUGGCCAAGUCCGAAGCUGUGCUGAAGGAGGAGAAGCAAGACGAGGCGGACUUCCUGGUCACCUACUCCAGCUUUGCAUGGCUGCACCAUCACCUGGGUAACAUGGAAGACAUGGAGACUUACCUGGGCAAGGUGAAGAGAGUAGGUGAGGGUGGAGAGACCGCCGUGGAAGCAGAGAAAGGGUGGAGCUUCUUAAGGAUGGGGGCUAAGUUCUAUCCAAGGGCCAAGGAGAGCUUCCAGAAGGCUCUGGAAGCCAAGCCUGACAGUGUGUCCUACAAUGUGGGCUAUGCCAUAGUCCUUUAUCGGUUGGAGGAGCUUGUCAGAAAGGAUGUUAACGACAUGCCUAAGGACAGCCCUGCAGCCAGACAACUACAGAGAGCCUUGAAUCUCGACCCCACAGAUGCUGAAGUGAUGGUCCUCUUAGCCCUGAAACUCCAAGGCUUUGACUCUUCAAAAUGCAGGGAGCUGAUCAGCAAAGCCCUGACAGUGUGUCCAGAUGUACCCCAUGUAACCAGGAAUGCUGGGAGAUACUUCAGGAGAGACAGCUCCAUAGUAGAAGCCUUAAAAAUCCUUGAAGAGGCUGUCAAGAGAGCUCCCAAUUCCUCUUUCCUAUAUCACCAGAUGGGACAAUGCCAUUGGCAGGAAGUGGUUACGAUGAAGAAGUCUGGAAAGUGGAGGGCAGACUCUGUGCAGGUCAAGGCCGCCAUCACUGAAAGCAUCCGCAACUUCAUCAAGACCGUGGAGCUGAAGCCGUCUAACACAUAUGCCUGGGUGCACUUGGCAAUAGCCUACGCAGAAAACCGACAACUGGAGGACGCCAAGGCCAUUUUCACCAAGCUGCUUUCAGAUGACUCCCUGAGCGACACGGAGCGACAGCACUGCCACAACAAGUACGGCAGUUUCCUGAGGCACCAGAUGAAGAGCAACACCCAGGCAGUGGAUCAGUUUAAGAUGGCGUACAGGAUCAGGAUCGACAGCAGAGACCGGCAGGAGGCAGGAGGGUCUUCGCUGAUGUGCAAGGCCCUGACAGUGUGUCCAGAUGUACCCCAUGUAACCAGGAAUGCUGGGAGAUACUUCAGGAGAGACAGCUCCAUAGUAGAAGCCUUAAAAAUCCUUGAAGGGGCUGUCAAGAGAGCUCCCAAUUCCUCUUUCCUAUAUCACCAGAUGGGACAAUGCCAUUGGCAGGAAGUGGUUACGAUGAAGAAGUCUGGAAAGUGGAGGGCAGACUCUGUGCAGGUCAAGGCCGCCAUCACUGAAAGCAUCCGCAACUUCAUCAAGACCGUGGAGCUGAAGCCGUCUAACACAUAUGCCUGGGUGCACUUGGCAAUAGCCUACGCAGAAAACCGACAACUGGAGGACGCCAAGGCCAUUUUCACCAAGCUGCUUUCAGAUGACUCCCUGAGCGACACGGAGCGACAGCACUGCCACAACAAGUACGGCAGUUUCCUGAGGCACCAGAUGAAGAGCAACACCCAGGCAGUGGAUCAGUUUAAGAUGGCGUACAGGAUCAGGAUCGACAGCAGAGACCGGCAGGAGGCUCGAGAGAAUCUCCGGCAGAUUGGGAUCGACAUGGCUAAAUCAUGGAGAGCCCAGGAGGAUGACGGCAUUUUGGCUUUUCUGUCUGAAGUUGACCAGCAGGACAGACAGCUAACCAGAGCUGCAAGAGCUGCAGAAAGUGAUCUUAAUGACCUUAAUGACAGCUUCAAAAGAAAGAUGGCAAUAUCAAGCCAGCUCAAAAAUACACUCACAGGGCCCUAAUUUCAAUGGCAGGCAAAGUAUCAACAAGCAAAGUUCUUGUGAAUGCAACUCUAGCUAUCGUGUGGCAUGUUGGAGGAAUGUUUGCAGUUAAGGUCUUGCCCACAAUGUCUACAGGCCUUUUUUGCAUUAUCAGCUUAAUCAUUGAUUUUGACUGUUACUGUAAUAAUGAUGGUGCUCUGUAUGAAAUAAAAAAGCAUUAUGAUUUCAA